AUGACAAGACCCUGCACGGGGCCAUCAUGGGAAAGCGAUGUGCACACACCAGAGAACAAUGGCGGUCCUGUGGGUGGCCGGAGAUUUUGGUUCUGUGCAGAAGGAACGUCCCGACCUGUGAUUAUUCACAGAUGGAUGGUCCCCAUGGAGGAUGGUCUGCCAGCGAUGGGCUCAUUUGUGAGAACUAAAAUAGAUACUACGGAGAACUUGCUCAACACAGAGGUGCACAGCUCGCCAGCGCAGCGCUGGUCCAUGCAGGUGCCAGCCGAGGUGAGCGCGGCGGCAGGCGACGCGGCAGUGCUGCCCUGCACCUUCACGCACCCGCACCGCCACUACGACGGGCCGCUGACGGCCAUCUGGCGCGCGGGCGAGCCCUAUGCGGGCCCGCAGGUGUUCCGCUGCGCUGCGGCGCGGGGCAGCGAGCUCUGCCAGACGGCGCUGAGCCUGCACGGCCGCUUCCGGCUGCUGGGCAACCCGCGCCGCAACGACCUCUCGCUGCGCGUCGAGCGCCUCGCCCUGGCUGACGACCGCCGCUACUUCUGCCGCGUCGAGUUCGCCGGCGACGUCCAUGACCGCUACGAGAGCCGCCACGGCGUCCGGCUGCACGUGACCGCCGCGCCGCGGAUCGUCAACAUCUCAGUGCUGCCCGGUCCGGCUCACGCCUUCCGCGCGCUCUGCACUGCCGAAGGGGAGCCGCCGCCCGCCCUCGCCUGGUCCGGCCCGGCCCUGGGCAACAGCUUGGCCGCCGUGCGGAGCCCGGGUGAGGGUCACGGCCACCUAGUGACCGCCGAACUGCCCGCACUGACCCAUGACGGCCGCUACACGUGUACUGCCGCCAACAGCCUGGGCCGCUCCGAGGCCAGCGUCUACCUGUUCCGCUUCCAUGGCGCCAGCGGGGCCUCGACGGUCGCCCUCCUGCUCGGCGCUCUCGGCCUCAAGGCGCUGCUGCUGCUCGGGGUCCUGGCCGCCCGCGCCGCCCGCCGCCGCCCAGAGCAUCUGGACACCCCGGACACCCCACCACGGUCCCAGGCCCAGGAGUCCAAUUAUGAAAAUUUGAGCCAGAUGAACCCCCGGAGCCCACCAGCCACCAUGUGCUCACCGUGAGGAGUCCCUCAGCCACCAACAUCCAUUUCAGCACUGUAAAGAAUAAAGGCCAGUGCGAGGCUUGGCUGGUACAGCCAGUCCUGGUUCUCGGGCACCUUGGCAGCCCCCAGCUGGGUGACUCCUCCCCCGCUUGAGGUCAAGACCCUGCUCAAGGAGGCUAUCUGGCCUCCUAUGUGGACAACCAUUUCGGAGCUCCCUGAUAUUUUUGCCAGCAUUUCAUAAAUGUGCAUACAUCUCUGUGUGUGUGUGUGUGUGUGUGUGUGUGUGUGUGUGUGUGUGAGAGAGAGAGAGAGAGAGAGAGAGAGAAAGAGAGAGAGAGAGAGAGAGAGUACAUGCAUUAUCUUGAGCGUGAAACUUCCAGAAAUGUUCCCUUGCCCUUUCUUACCUAGAACACCUACUAUAGUAAAGCAGACAGGAAACUGUUUACAGGGCCUGGAGGCCCAGUCUUGUCCUCCUCUGUCACCGACUUGCUGUGUGGACCUGGGACACUCUCUUCACUUCUCUGGGUCUCAGUUCAUUUACUGUUGAACACGGACAAUCAUAUUCUUCCCUCCUGGCUGGGAGGACUACAAAGAUCUGAGGAAAUAAUGGAUAUGAAGGGGCUUUGGAAAGUACAAAGCCAUCUUCUCGUGAGGGGCAUGACAGGACCCUCUUUGCAGAGUGACCUUUGGAUGUGCAGUCAGUUCUUGGAGAAGUGUGGCCCCUGCAGCAGUGUCACGGAGAACAUAGAGUUCCAGAGAGCAAGCCUGGGGCAGGGGCUGUGCAAACCUGUGGUCAGAGGAACAUCAAAUCCUGGAAACUUGGUGGCAGGGAGAGGCCUGGGCCUUUACCCCAUGCCCCCUGGGAUCUCCACUGUGACUGUCCCACACCCUCUGCCCAACUCUUGCCCCAUCAGCUGCCCUGCAUUGCCUUGAGCUGGGACCCCUAGGAAAUGGAAACCAGGCUCCCCUCUCUCAAGGUAUCUGAGAACCACUGUCUCAGGAGCUGAAGCCGGGAGACCUGAGGGGAGGUCUGGCCGGAGAGUCCCUGUGUGUAAAGCAGCUACAGCUCUGACCUCUCUGACCUGCAACCUCUCAGGGUGUGCAAAGUCCAAACGCACUGGCAACUUCACCCCCUUUGACCUAACGCGGGCAGGCUGACUUGGAGGGGUGCUUCCCUAUUUACACCUCAGGGUGAAUUUGUUGAUCACCUUAGCUCCUGUGGUCCUUGGGGCUUAGGGAGAGAAGGGAGGCAUGCCUGGGUCCCAGGUGAGCUGGCAAGAGGAAAGGGCCACAGGCUAGGGGAAUAAUGAGGCCAUGAACAAGACAUCUCACCUCAGUUACAAUGGCUUUUAUCCAAAAGACAGGCAAUGACAAAUGCUGAUGAGAAAGUGGAGAAAGAGGAAUCCCCAUACACUAUUGGUGGGAAUGUAAAUUAGUAUAGCCACUAUGGAGAACAGUACAGAGUUUCCUCAAAAAACUAAAAAUAGGCCGGGCGUGGUGGCUCAUGCCUAUAAUCCCAGCACUCUGGGAGGCCGAGGCAGGCGGAUCACUUGAGGUCAGGAGUUCGAGACCAGCCUAGCCAACAUGGUAAAACUCUGUCUCUACUAAAAAUACAAAAAUUAGCUGGGCGUGCUGGCACGUGCCUAUAGUCCCAGCAACUUGGGAGGCUGAGGCAGAAGUAUUGCUUGAACCCAGGAGGCGGAGGUUGCAGUGAGCUGAGAUCACCCCACUGUCCUCCAGCCUGGGCAACGGAGAGACUGUCUCCAAAAAAAAAAAAAAAAAAGAAAUAGAACUACCAUAUGAUCCAGUAAUCCCACUGCUGGGUAUCUGUCAGCAAGGAAAUCAGUAUAUUGAAAAGAUACCAGUACUCCCAUGUUUACUGCAGCACUAUUUGCAAUAGCCAAGAUAUGGAAUCAGCCUAAGUGUCCAUCCACGAAUGAAUGAAGAAAAUGAACACACAAUGAAAUAUUCAGCCAUAAAAAAAAAAUGAAAUCCUGUCGCUUGCAACAACAUGGAUGGAACUGGCAGCCAUUAUGUUAAGGGAAAUAAGUCAAGCACAGAAAGAUAAAUAUCGCAUGUUCGCACUCACAUGUGGAAGCUAAAAAAAGUUGAAUUUGAACUCGUGGAGGUAAUAGAAUAAUGGUCACCAGGGGCUGGGAAGGAUAGCAGGGAGCGGGCGAUAACGUGGGGAUACUUACUGAGAACAAAAUACAGUUAGAAUGAAUAAGAUCUAGUAUUUGCUAGCACAAGAGGGCGACUACAGUUAACAACUUAUUGUAUAUUUUAAAAUAACUAAGAGUGGAAUUGGAAUGUUCUUAACGGUAAGUACUUGAGGUGAUGGAUACGCCAAUCCCUGAUUUGAUCAUUGCACAUUGUAUGCCUGAAUGAAAACAUCACAUGUACCCUAUAAAUAUAUAAAUACAUA